UUCGAUGGGGCGUGCACAGAAAUAGCGUUUGUGUGGGGCGCUUUUAGAAAGAGCGUCUGAAUAUAUACUUCUUUUAUCCUCUUCUCCUCCUCUUUUUACAUAACCUACGUUUUUACAGAAGAAAAAAAAACGACGAAACCUAAGUAAAAAUCUAGGGCAAUACCUAAAUCUCAUGUGACGGCCAUUUGAUUGGGUGCGGAGAAACGAGUUCUUGUGAAAGAAACGACUAAUCUUAUUCGUUAAUCGGGUGCGGGCAAAUUUGAUUGAAGAUUAAAGCUUUACAGUCGCAGUACACUGUUAAGUCACGUACAUUUCCUGUACACAAAUUCCAAAGCUGGAGAAAAACUUCUUUAUGCAUUCCUUUCUUCUCAAGGAAGCCUCCUUUUAGUCCUUUGGUUUUCCACUGGAAAAAAGAAAAAACACUGAAAUGGCGGUCAAGUCAGGGGUGGAUCAUGAAGAAGAAGAAACCCAGACAAGGAAUGAAAGUGAGAAAUGGAUUCAACAUUACUCAUCGUUGCAUCAAAUCCUUUUAGUGGGUGAUGGAGAUUUUUCAUUUUCAUUAUGUUUGGCUAAAGCUGCUUCUAAUAUGGUGGCUACAUCACUUGAUCAGAAUGAUGUGGUGAUUAAGAAUUACCAGUACGCAAAAUCCAAUUUGGAGAGUUUAAGAAAACUUGGAGCAACAAUUAUGCAUGGUGUGGAUGCCACAAGAAUGAAACUUUAUCCUGACUUACAAAGGCGGAAGUUCUAUCGUGUUAUCUACAACUUUCCACAUGCAGGAUUCCAUGGAAAGGAAGAUCAAGUUCACAUGAUCAAGAACGCAAGCCAUAUGCUUAGACCCUUUGGUGAAGUUCACAUUAACAACAAGAAAGCACCACUAUAUGAAAGCUGGAACCUCGAAGAUCUUGCUAGGAAAUACAAUUUGGCAUUAGUUGAACGUGUUGAAUUCAAAAAAGAAGACUAUCCAGGUUACAAAAACAAGAGAGGAGCUGGGCCAAGAUGUAAUGAGCCAUUUCCUUUAGGAAAAUGCUGUGCUUUCAGGUUCGAAUUCAGGAAGUCUGCUCUUGAUUAUAUUCACACUGCACCCUACCAAAUUCAAAGGACACAACCACAAGUUCAAAACCCACCUCUGUUUGAGCCCAGUCAUCUUUCUGUACUUCCCCAAAAUCAUGCCGUCCGACCACAUACUCAUGAUCCUGCUCCACUUAAUGUUUAUAAUCCCACUAGGCUCCAAGUUCAGCAAAUGCCAUCUCAACCUCAAAGCCGAGUUCUAUUUGAUGUUGGUUAUCCUCUUGCAAAAGUGAAUAGGCCAAGUAACUUUAGGUAUUUUGAUUCACCAUAUGCUCCGAAGGUUUCUGAUAAAUGUCACUGGAUCUUUCAUGAGUAUUUUGCAGACACCGAGAAAAUGUUCGGGAGAACAGGUUACCAUGUUGGCGGGGUUGUUCACGAAACUCUGAGAACUGGAUUCGAUAAAAGCGAAAGAAAGAAAUCUUACUGGUUAUAUAAUGCAUCUCGAAGAACUUCACCAUUACAAUGUUUCAAGAUCAGAGUGGUUGCAUAGAAUGUUGUAUUAUCUUGAUAAGCAGAAGAUGGUAUGAAAUUGCAUGGCUUUGGGUUGGAAAGCUUCGUGCAUACUGGUGAAAUACACUAUAAGGAAUGGUUUUUUGGAAGUCCUCUAAUUUUGUGUAGGUUCUGCUGUUUUUACUGCUAAUCAGUUUAUGCUUCAAGGCUGAGUUCUGUGAAGUUUUUUGUCUGGGAAGGAAGUUCCCUGAUUUUGUGCAGGAUCUGUUGCAUUUUCCAUCCUGGUCUGAGACUGUGA